AUGGUCAUUCGAAGCUUUUCUUAAAAAAGAAUCGGCUGAUUUGCAAGAAAAACGAUUCAAUUUUACAAUUUUAAUUUUGCGCUAGAUUAAUUUUAAAGAGAAAACACUUCUUUGUAAGGGUAUUUGUUGUUGUUUAACACAAUUGAAAUCAACACAUACACUAACAUCGUAAAAAAUAUCUCUCUUGUUAAAAAAACGCUUAUUAUAAUUACCUCCGAAUGACGUAGUAUACGAAAAUAUAUAAAAAUCUAUUUAUUCCAUAUUCCUCCACCGGAGCUAGAACCCAUUUUGAACUAAAAUACACAAUUUUUAGACAAUUCCAUGGAUAAAUUUGGCUAAAUCGUCAAAAUACCGAAUAUGGGGAGGUGCCGUUAUAUGGGGGUUAUACAAAACCGUUGACCUAUACAUACAAUGUUUCGCCACCGGAGCUAGAAUCCAUUAUUAAUUACGAAUACCAAUUUUUAGACAAAUCCGUUUAAUAUAUACAUGUGAUGAAACUUUGACCCUUUGGGAACAAUUGCUUAAAUCACAUUCAGAGUUACUCAAAUGGUCGAAAAUAGAAAACUUCCUAAAAACAGAUAUCAAGUCCCAGAAAGAGUAUAUUGUCAUAGAAAUGAAGCAACUUCAUUUGCUUAUAUCCGCAAUCGAUACUAUCGAAUAGAUGUGUUAUGUGUAAUAAAAAUCACAUAUUCAAAAAUUGUUCAAGAUUCAAUAACAUGAGUGUCAGUCCGAGAGAAACAAAGUUUAUGUAAUAACUGUUUCAAGAGUGGGCAUAACACACGGGAAUGCUUCAGUGCGCACAGAUGUUUAUAUUGUAAGAAAAAACAUCACACAAAAUAUGCAGAAACGCAGAAACUCUAUCAAGGGAUCCUACAUCAUCGAUAAUAUAUCGUAGAACUUCAGAUGCCAAUAUUAAAACAAUAAUCCAUGUCACCACAGAUAAUAUGACGUGUAUCCCAAAUCCCAUUAGAGCUAAUGCACAAACUAAUUUAUCAAAUAGUGAUGAUGAUGUUUGCUUACCAACUGUGUUUAUAAAAAUAAAGUACAAUGGUAAAACGUUCACAGUAAGAGCUUUGUCAGAUACGGGAUCUUAACGACCAUUUAUAACAAGCAUAUACCACUAAAUGGAAUUGGGAGUGGAAAAAGUGAAUAUAAUUUCAAUAUUAGCGGAAUAAAUGGUUCAGUAGUUGCAUAUACAAAUAAAAUGUGCAACAUAACUUUGUGUGGAAAUGAAAACAAUAUGGUAGAAGUACACGCUUUAGUUAUUAACAAGUUAAAAAGCAGUAAGUUCGGCCGGGCCGAACUUUGAAUACCCUCCACCAUUUGGAACCAAUUUGGAAAUCUUCAAAAAAUAAAGUCCUUUAAAAAUUCUCCUAAAAUUUUUAGAAUACCGAAUAUAGCCGUUAUAUUGGGGUCUGUACGACGUGGACCUACAAAGGCAUUGUUUGUCAUAAGCCAUUACCGUAUUCAAAUUCGAUAACUUGAAAUAUACGGUGAAUUAUGUAGCUAAAAUCAUCAAAAUAUCGUAUAUAGGGAGGUACCGUUAUAUCGGAGCUGUGUGAAGACCUGGACCAGCCAGGACAAUUUUCUGUCAGAGGCUGUAACAUCCAUUACGAACUUCAGAUACCAAAUUUCCGCUGAAUAAUGUCGCUAAGAUCAUCAAAAUACCGAAUAUAGGGAGGUAUAUACUGAUAUAUGGGGGCUAUACGAAGACGUGGACCUGCACAGUAAUUUUGCUGUCUUAGGCUGUACUGUUCUUUUGGAAAAUCAUCAAAAUGCCGAAUAUAGGGAGGUACAGUUAUAUGGGGUUUAUACGAAGAUGGGGACCAGCACAGACAAUUUUCUGUCUUAGGCUGUAGUAUCCAUUACGAACUUCAAAUACCAAAUUUGAAACAAUUCCGGUGAAUAAUGAAGCUAAAAUCAUCAAAAUGCCGAAUAUUGGGAGGUACCGUUAUAUGGGGGCUAUACGAAGACGUAGACCUGUACAGACAAUUUUCUGUCUUAGGCGGUGGUAUCCAUUUCGAACUUUAAAUACUAAGUUUGAAACAAUUCUGGUUAAUAAUUUCGCUAAAAUCAUCAAAAUACCGAAUAUAGGGAGGUACCGUUAUAUGGGAGCUAUACGAAGACGUGGACCUGCACAGACAAUUUUCUGUCUUAGGCUGCAGUAUUUAUUUCGAACUUCAAAUACCUAAUUUGAAACAAUUCCCGUGAAUAAUGUAAAAUCAUCAAAAUACCGAAUAUCGGGAGGUACCUUUAUAUGGGGGCUAUAUGAAAACGUGGACCUACAUGGCCCAUUUACGAACUUAACCUUCCUACUGACAAAAUAAACAUGUGUGCAAAAUUUAGCCUUCUAUCUCAAUUCGUUCGAAAGAUAGCGUGAUUACAACAGACAGACAGAUGGGCAUCGAUAAAUCCACUUAGAAUUUUACGCUGAUCAAGAAUAUAUAUACUUCGUUGGGUCUGACAUGAGUACUUCGAGGAGUUAAAAACGGAAUGACAAACUUAAUAUACCCUUCAUUGUAUGGUGGAGGGUAUAAAAAUAGUUAAAACGAAUCUUGUGUCACAUGCACAUUAAGUGGUAGUUAGGUAAUCGCAAAUCAACCGCUUGAGGAGCUUGUUGUAUUUUUUAAGAAAAAAGUCACUAGAGGUGAAAAGAAAGUUUAAACUGUAUAAAGAAAUAUACUAAAAUUGUUCACUAGAGGUGGAUGACUGAUAAUAAAUUAUAGUAAAUGAUUUUUACGACAUAUAAAUAAGUCGCUAGAAGUGACCAGCGUUCGAAAAUAAACAGUACACAAUACAGUAUCACGAAACAAAUUUUUAGGGUUAGUUUACCGGUACGCUACCACUAAAAAAUAUAUUUAGAGUACCGCAAUCGGAGCGCUAAAAUGCGGAGCACUAAAAAAGCGUAGUGUUCCGCAAUCGGAGCAUUAAACCACAUGCACCACAUUAAAAAAUGUACUGGCAUCAAUGUGCUUUUUAUGAUUUGGAAAAAAAUAUUUGAUGUUUGUUUUUUUUGGUAUUGUUGCGAACUUAGAAGACCUUUCAGUUAAUUUAAAAGUUUAAAUUUAUUAACGUUCGUUUUUUGAUUUAUAAUUUUGAUGUGUUUGUUACGUACAAUUUGUUUUGUAUCAUUCAGUUUUAAUUGAGAUCAAUUUUUAUUCAUAAUGUGUAAACGUUCCAUAAUUUGUUUAUUAUCGUCUUUUAAGACGUGUUCAGUAAUCCUUUCAUUAUAAUUUAUCGUUUUGUAUUUUCUCACAAUGACUUCAGCAAGUCAUUCCAGGAGAAACCGUCGAGAGCGAAAGAAUUAAGUAAGAACAACCUUUGUACCUUUGUUCCUUUUUUGAUUAUGUAAUCAUUUCGAUUUACUUUUAUUUUAAUUUCUAUUAUCUUAGAUAAUAAAACCCCCUCCAAAAAAUAACUCAAAUAAACACAAACAAAUGCCAACCAAACAAACACGAUAAUAUAUCACAAAUAAAGAGAAUUUGUAAUCGAAUAAAAACCAGAGGUUUUAUUUCAAACGACGAGUUGGUGUUUUAUUAUAAUUUUUCAGCCAGAAAUAGUUUGCCAUUUUCAGAGUGGAAAUUUAUUUUACAUGUUACAGCCGUAACAUUAUUUUUAUUAUUUAAUUCUCCUGGAACAAGUUUAUGGUACGUCGUAGCCAACGACUCAAAUUAAAGAUGUCUCAAGGUAAUGAGAAUGCAAUAAAGCCGCUGCCUGAAAAUGUAACAGCGUCAGCCUCGUCGUCUGAGAGUGACCACGAGAAAACAAUUAUGGAGCUGCACGAGAAUACAGCGAGUGAUAACGUGGAAAGCCUGAAAGAAUGCCGCAAAUACAUCGACAAGUGUUGCUGUCACGCAACCGCCAAAUUUUAAUCAAAAUGCAGUAGCUGCGCCGUCUACUACAAUGUAUUACAGUGUUGCGUCAAUGCCUAGCCGAACGGUUGAAGUGCCGUAUACCGCGACGGCACAAAAGUUAAGUAUCGAACAUCAACACAUGUUUAGCCAAAACAUGAAUUCGCCGCAAUUUUUUAACCCUUUCUUUCCACAGCCGCUUGUACAACAACAAACAUACUGUCCACCAUCAUAGGAACCAAUACAACAACAAUUGCAUUACAUGCCGUUUUUCACACCACAAAGUGCUUCAAAUAAUUUGCGACCGUCACCUUUACCAGUUACGCCUAUGGUAUCUUGCGCGACGUACGGAACGCCUUUAUUUAAUGAUGCGCAAAUGUCUUCAUCAAACUAUCAACAAUCACAGAGAUUGUUGACAGCGACGCCGUCAACCACUAUCAAAACAACAUCACAGCCAAAUGUUGGACUGCAAUCACAACAAAAUAAUUUGAGUGAAGCAACAGAUAAUUCUGUGCCGCAACUAAAUCCAUCACAGCAGCAGAGUACAUCGAUAAAGCCAACGUUUUCACAACCACAAACGUCGAAUUUUGCAGCGACACAAAACGCCGGUAAUGCUGGUAAUGUUGACAAUUUGUUAUUGCCAGUGCCACAACAAAUUUUGCCCUCAAGUUUGCAAAAUUCAAUCCGAAAAUUACAUGAUUUACCGGAAUUUAAUGGACAACCGGAACAGUGGCCAAUGUUUGCCGUUUCAUUUAAAGAAACAACACGUAUGUACAAUUAUACAAAGCUAGAAAAUUUAACACGGUUGCAGAAAGCCCUCAAAGGAGAAGCCAUGGCCAAAGUGGAGGCAUAUUUAAUACACCCUGAAAGCGUAGAUCAGGUGAUGUCAACGUUGGAAUUCCAUUUUGGACGUCCGCAGAUAAUGAUUCGAUCCCAAAUAGCCAAGGUACGAUCAUUUCCUACAAUUUCUGGUAAGAAAAUGUUCGAAAUAGUAAAUUAUAGUACGAUGGUGUCGAAUCUUACCGUUUUUUUGGAAAAUGCAGGGGCAACGCCGCUUUUGUGUAAUCUAACGUUGCUAGAAGAAUUGGUCAACAAGUUGCCACUUUCAAAACGAGAAGAAUGGGCAAAAUAUUCCUUGAAUUUUUUGGGGCAAUACCCAACAAUACGCCAGUUUAGUACAUGGCUCCAAGAAGUUGCCACAUACAUUUCCUUUGCCACAGAAAAUGAUUCCACUGAAGUCGAUGGUAUGCAGAAUGCAAAAGUGAAACAGUCUUUUGCAAUAACAACGGAUGACAACCGGAGGAAUUCAUGACAGGUGGAAAAUGGUGAAGGAGAAACGCUUGUGUUUUACGUGUUUGAGAGCAGAUCACAUUUCCCAAAAAUGUAGUAACCGCCAGCAAUGUUGUGGGUGGUUGUCAAAGAUACCACAAUCGUUUGCUACACAAAGGUAGCAAAAAUAACAACAUAAACGAACAUCGAAAUAAUAAUAUGGGAAAUGGCGAAAUACAAACAUCAGCUGUAACAACAACAAUAGUGGAUGUUUGUUCAAAGAAAAAAAAACAUUUAAAUAUUUGCCGGUGAAAUUAAAAGGCCCGAAAGGCCAUGUAAGCAUAAUUGCGUUUAUUGACGAUGGGUCAAAAAUUUCUUUGUUGGAGGAAAAGGUUGCCAAGCAGAUUGGAUUGAGUGGACCAUCCAGUAAUUUGUCACUAGGCUGGAUUGGUGGGAAAAAAUCAAGUGAAAUGUCUAUGAGAAUUGAUGUGGAAAUUGGAAGUAAGAACGGGGAGUAUUUGCAGAUGAAAAAUGUUAGAACUACAAACCAUUUAAAAUUACCACAACAAUCUCUAAAUAUUUCAGAUAUUAAAAAACGUUUUUCUAUUUUAAAAAAUUUUGAUAUUGAUGAUUAUUUGGAUGCGACACCUAUGCUGUUAAUUGGAUUACCCCACAUUAGAUUGGUUCGACCACAAAACGUAAUGGAUCUUGAUGAACAUUUUUCCGUGCACCAAACGCCCUUGGGCAACAUUUUAUUCGGCUCCAAGGAGGAGUCAGCUGACAAUAUGGUUUGUGUGAUUGAUGUUGACGAAUAUAAUGAUAUUCAGAAGCAAGUUGCUGAAUAUUUUAAUAUUUUAAAAAUAAAAUUGGUAACCAAUAUGAAACUGGUCUUUUGUGGCAUAAAGAUGAUUAUGAAUUUAAGGAUACGUAUUCGGCGGCGCUCAGACGUCUUCAAGGAAUCGAAGCAAAAAUUAAAAAAGAUGAAUCACUAGCUAAAUGGUAUAAUGAGAAAAUUGAUGAAUAUGUUUCAAAGGGCUACGCCAGAAAAUUAAGUACAGAUGAAGCUUCUUUUGUGAAUGAGCACAAUUGGUAUCUCCCACAUUUUGUUGUGACGAAUGAAAACAAAAAUAGUAAGCGAAGAUUGGUUUUUGAUGCUGCGGCAAAAGUUGAUGGAGAGUCUUUUAAUUCGAGACUGAUGAAAGGUCCAUGUAAAUAUCAACCGAAACCACUUCUUUCCAUUUUGUUUAAAUUUCGUCAACGUAAAAUUGGUAUAUGUGGGGACAUACGCGAAAUGUUCCACAGAGUUAAUAUCCGAUAUCAAGACCAAACAGCGCAAAGGUUUUUAUGGCGAGGAGGCGACAGUACAAGAUCACCAGACAUCUAUAUUAUGAGUGCAAUGAUUUUUGGAUCAGCGUGUUCACCCUGUUGUGCACAAUAUGUCAAAAACUUAAACGCUGAAUAUUAUUCAAAUUUUGAGCCCAGAGCACAUAAAGCCAUUGUGGACUGUCAUCACGUCGACGAUUUUGUUGACAGUUUUGACACAAUUGUUGAAGCGUUAUCUGUCACCAGGAGUGUGAUUCGAAUACAUAAAGAGGCAAAUUUUGAACUUCGAGGUUUUAUAUCAAACUCAGCGGAUCUUUUGGAUUCGCUCGAACCGGAUGAAAAUGGAAAUAAAAUGGAUUUUAAAAACUUUUGUGGUAGCGAAAGUACUGGUGAGAAGGUCUUAGGACUAUUCUGGUCACCCAAAACUGAUUCUUUUUAUUUUAAUUUGAAAUUUUCAAAACUUCCUUCUGCAGUUCGAGACGGUCAACGAAUUCCAACGAAGAGCGAGGUGCUAAGUGUAACCAUGUCCAUUUUUGAUCCAUUUGGUUUUUUGGCUAACGUUGUAAUCCGGUCAAAACUCAUCCUACAAGAAUUAUGGAAAUUUUAUAUAGAUUGGAAUGCGCCAAUUUCAACUGAAACGUAUCGCAGAUGGUACGAUUGGUUUACUGAGUUGGAGAAUGUGAAGUAUAUUGAAAUUCCAAGAUGUUAUGCGGCAAAUUUCACAAGCCCUGGCACAAUAAUUGAUCUCCAUGUAUUCGUAGACGCUAGUGAAGUUGCGUUUGCUGCUGUCUGUUAUUGGCGCAUCACAUGUGGAGACCAGGUGGAAAUAAAAUUUGUAGCUGGAAAGGUUAAAUGUGCACCACUUAAGCCCCUGUCAAUACCUAGGCUUGAACUCCAGUCUGCUGUUUUGGGAGUGCGUUUGAAGGAAGCCAUAGUGACCAGCCAUGACAUAAAGCCCAAUAAAAUAACAUUCUGGUCAGACUCGAAGACUGUAGUCAGGUGGAUUCAAUCUGACUGCAGAAUUUAUAAACAAUUUGUUUCACAUCGCAUUGCAGAAAUUUUAGAACAUUCAACUGUGGAAGAAUGGAGAUGGAUUCCCGGGUCACAAAAUCCUGCGGAUGAUGCAACGAGACCACAUCAAUUUUCCGGUAAGGUGUCAAGGUUAAUUGGCCACGUCUUCCAGAGGAAAUUAAACAGGUUGGAAAAGAUCCAGAAAUUCGAACAAAAUUCCUAGCAACUACUACGGUGAGUGAUCCUCUCUUUCCAUAUGAUGAAAAAACCAAAUAUUACAGCUUGCUGCGCAAAACGUCUUGGUUAUUUAGAGCAAUUAAUAAUUUUAAAAGGAUUAUUUCUUCGGAAGGCAAAACUUCUUUAAACUCAAAACCGUACUUAAUUCCCGAUGAGGUAACAAAUUCAGAAAUUUAUUGGUGUAAAUGGGCACAAGAUGAAGAGUUUCAAAGAGAAAUCCAAGCUUUAAAAAUUGGUCGUCGUGUUUCAAAAAAGAGCCCAAUAUUCAAAUUAAAUCCAUGUUUAGCAGAUGAUGGUUUAAUAAGAAUUUCUGGACGUAUUAAUAACGCAGCCUGUAUUGGACCGUCCACCAGAAACUCAAUAAUCAUGCCAAAAAAUAAUUUGAUUACAAAAUUGAUCGUCAAGCAGUAUCACGAAGAUUUUCUUCACCAAAAUCAAGAAUCCAUAUGUGCAGCAAUUCGAACCAAGUUUUGGAUACCAUGUUUAAGACAACUGGUAAGAAGUUCCAAGAAAAAUUUUCAAGUUUGUAAAAACCGUAGCGCAGUUCCAAAGCCUCCUUUAAUGGGUCAACUUCCUGAAGACCGUGUCAUACCAUUUGUGAGAGCAUUCACGUAUACUGGCGUUGAUUUUAUUGGCCCUUAUACAGUUUCUUUGGGAAGACGAAGUGAAAAGAGAUGGGUCGCACUUUUCACUUGUCUAACUACAAGAGCCAUCCAUCUUGAGCUUGCGAAAGAUUUAUCAACAGAUGCUGCCAUUCUUUGCUUAAGAAAUUUUAUAAAUAGGAGAGGAGUUCCUGUGCGUAUUAGGAGCGACAGAGGUACCAAUUUUAUUGGAGCCAGUACAGAAAAAUUUGUUUUUGAUUCUGGUAAAAUUGGCGAUGAAUGUACACGGCGUGGUAUUGAGUGGGUAUUCAAUAAUCCAGCGGACCCCUCAGCUGGUGGAGCAUGGGAGAGGAUGGUGCGUGCGGUAAAAAAUGUGUUGGCUUUCACUUUGAAAGAAAAGUCAACCCAAAUGGAAACGCUAAAUAGUUUACUCUUUGAAGCAGAAAAUUUGGUAAAUUCUCGUCCUUUAACUCAUCUACCUAUUGAGAGUGAAGACAGCGAACCUCUUACCCCAAACCAUUUCUUGGUUGGUGGGCCUAAUUUUAUUCAAACACCUACAGUAAAUGAAAACAUCUGUUUACGGAAGCAGUGGCACAUCUUGCAGCAAAUUAAGCAAACGUUUUGGAAAAGGUGGGUACAAGAAUAUCUUCCGGAUUUAGUACGACGGACAAAGUGGUUUUAUCCUGUACCACCAAUAAAAGUUGGAGAUGUUGUCGUUAUAUGUGAUAGCAAUGUGGCGCGUGGUGAGUGGAAGCGAGGAGUGGUGGUGGAAGUAUGUACAGCGGCUGAUGGUCAAGUUCGUUCGGCAGUGGUAAAAACAUCGGCAGGCAAGUUUCGUCGUCCGGCAUCAAAGUUAGCAGUCCUGGAUGUUUGUGGUGAAUCUCCAGAUCGAUUCACGGGCGGCGGGAUGUUGCGAACUUAGAAGACCUUUCAGUUAAUUUAAAAGUUUAAAUUCAUUAACGUUCGUUUUUUGAUUUAUAAUUUUGAUGUUUUUGUUACGUACAAUUUGUUUUGUAUCAUUCAGUUUUAAUUGAGAUCAAUUUUUAUUCAUAAUGUGUAAACGUUCCAUAAUUUGUUUAUUAUCGUCUUUUAAGGCGUGUUCAGUAAUCCUUUCAUUAUAAUUUAUCGUUUUGUAUUUUCUCACAAUGACUUCAGCAAGUCAUUCCAGGAGAAACCGUCGAGAGCGAAAGAAUUAAGUAAGAACAACCUUUGUACCUUUGUUCCUUUUUUGAUUAUGUAAUCAUUUCGAUUUACUUUUAAUUUUAAUUUCUAUUAUCUUAGAUAAUAAAACCCCCUCCAAAAAAUAACUUAAAUAAACACAAACAAAUGCCAACCAAACAAACACGAUAAUAUAUCACAAAUAAAGAGAAUUUGUAAUCGAAUAAAAACCAGAGGUUUUAUUUCAAACGACGAGUUGGUGUUUUAUUAUAAUUCUUCAGCCAGAAAUAUUAGUUGGCCAUUUUCAGAGUGGAAAUUUAUUUUACAUGUUACAGCCGUAACAGGUAUUAUAGCAUUGAUAAUGAAUAAAAUGUUUAUAAUGAAAGAAAUUAAAGAUUGUAAAUUUAUCUAAUUGAACAUCCUAUCCGACUUCGCUAAUUUAUACAAAAUUCGAUAUGAGAAUCACUGUUUGCAUAAGUGGAAAUUAAAGAAGAAAUAAUAUUUAAUUAUAGUCUAGAAAUAGUAUUUAAUUUUUAUUACAUAAAUGUAUUUUUAAUAUACAGAUUUAAUUAAUUAAAUAAGUUAAAUAUAAUGAACAUAGAAAAUAAUAAACGUAGAAAAUAAAAAAAAUAAGGAAAAUGCAAUAAAUUAAAAAUAUAACUGCACCACUAAGAACUUUAAGCUGAUCCUAACUGGUAAUUAAAGAUUCCAUUGGCUUUCACACAAUUUUGUAUUUUCAUUGCGCAUUUUUAUUCUAUAUAGUUUGCAUAUUGCUCAGGAUGUGAUCACUCGAAAUGUCUUUCUAUAUUUCCGGAAUGUACACUUAAAAUCUUGUUAUUACAAAUUUGCAGAUUACACACAACUUCGCUAACGUUUGAUUCAUUUGUAUUGGACAUAUCUAAAGGAAUAUUUUUAGGUCGCAUUUUUAUAAUUAUUCACCGAACGUUUGACAAGAAUGCCAAUGCCUAUCACAUUUAGGCAAUAAAGGAAUUGUAUUAAUAAAUAAAACAUAAAGUCAGACUGCCAGAGUCAUUAAA